CAAAAUUAAAAUAGAUGAAAAGGGCAAUGUUCCUGCAGCUUCCUUCACAGUUCCCCCAUCGUUCCCAUCCCAUUUCUCUGCAUCGUUAACAACGAGGCAUCCGAUACCCAAAUCAGCGAUUCCUCCGAAGCUCGCUCGCUCUCUAUAUCUCUCUUAAAUAUUCAUUUCUUCUAAUUCCUCUGGUUCUUCUUAUCUAUCUUGAAAUUCAGACGAUUGCCAUGAAUUCCGCUACUCAAACAAUAGCGUCAUUUAUCGUUUUGCCUAAAUCUCCACCGAAGUUUAGGAAACCAACUCGUGAGAUUUUAUCUGGGUUUCCUUUCAAUGGACGUGAGACGUUCGGAAAAAUCUAUGCCGUCUCUCCUAACGGCUCUGUUUAUCCCUCUCUUUCCCAAGGGGUUGAAUCAUGUUCAGCAGGAGAAAAUCAUGGGCAGAGAAGCAGUCUUGAAUCUCUGUUUUGUUAUGAUAAGGCUAUACCUGAAGAAAGAAUCGAGAAGCCUGUUGGGAUCUCUUUAGCUGAAAAAAUGAUUGGAACUAAUCCUCGAUGCCCAGAUUGUCAAGCGAAAGGUGCAGUCCUUUGCAUGACAUGCACUGGUUCAGGCUUAUACGUUGAUUCAAUUCUGGAGAGCCAGGGCAUUAUUGUCAAAGUUCGCUGCCUAGGUUGUGGUGGAACCGGUAACAUAAUGUGUUCAGAAUGUGGUGGCCUAGGUCAUCUUGGACCCAAAUGACUUGUGUGGUACAAGGUUUGAAUCUUCUUGGAUGCAAACAAUUUUUAGAGACUAUCGGGUUGAAGGAACUUUCUCUUGAAUUAUCCAAGAUGCACUUGCAAAAGAUUAGUUGAGACUUUGUUCUUGGACACGUGCCAAUGAAAAAACAAAAAAAUGCAUUUCAUAUUAUUUUUCAAAGAUGGCUUUUUUGAAUUGAAAUAGCCAUUGCCUUCGUUCUUAAUAUACCUAAUUAAAGUUGAGGAAUGCUAGAUACAGUUGUGGAGGGGGCAAGUGCAGCGCAAUUUUUUGGAAAAAGAAUGAGAUCUACUAUUAAAAAAUUAGUUUUUUUUCAUAUAAGUCUCUUAUUUAUUUACUUUUUUAAAGGGAUUAUGUAUCAUUUGGGCACUUCAUGAUUGUAAAUAUCAUUUCUCAUUAAAGUUUGUAUGAAAUUUAAAUGUGUACUAAGCAGGUUUGCAACGACACCUUAUUUUUGUACAAUGUAGCUUCACUUACAUCGGAUUUUGAUCUCUACAGCUCGCAAUCUACUUUUGUCUUGAGUA